UUUCGUCGACUGUCAGUUUUAGGAAUUCUGCCCCUUUGCUCCGAGGCCCAACCAGAGGCCAUCCACUUGUCCGAACACCACGAGCCCAGAACUCCUUCGGCCGCUUUAACCUCACUUAUUCCACAACCCCAUGGUGUUCAUCUCUGAGAGCCAGGUGGGUCUACUCGCUGCGCUUUUCUUCUAUGCCCAUCACUUCCAGCUGCUGGGGCGUACAUGUCGGCGUCAUGGUGAAGCUACUCGUUGCGAGUGUGCAGCAACGGAGUAAUCGCACUGCAGCAUGCUGGCUUUAUCCUUUGCUUGAGACUGAUGCUAUCUUAGACGAAGCAAAGCGUGACCAUACUGCGAUUUUUCCGGCGUUUGAGUCCUGUCAUCUGACCUGUCUGCGACAUAUUUCGCUAUGUUCUAAGCCGAGGACUUCAGACGGGCUGCCGCAACGACACGCUUACCUGGUAUGUGAUCCUGUGCGAUCUUUCUCAUACACUUUUAUCCAAGAGGCUCGGCAUAUUACCAGGCCACUGCAUCCAUAUUGUCUCUCAUCGGGUCGGCGGAUGAGUUUCAGGCCAACUCCAGUUGCUCGUGGCCAAUCAUCUUACCCACUUGCCAGCUUGCUGCACCGAUCUGGCAGAGUCGACCAGUCCCACAUGUGAACAUGGUAGACAUGGUCAUCUUCGGGCUAACAUGUUCUCGCCUUGCCUUGGGACGAGCAGUAGGGGAUCCACUCCUGGGCCUCUUACGUCCGGUCUCUUCGUCCUUCUGUACCUGACUGCUUUAUACUUUCCGUUCUCCCUUCGCGGCCGAGAUCCAGCUUCUUCUC